GCGAUUUUUAAAAUCGAAUGGCAUAUCGAUUUAUGGUUUACAUCGACGACCUCUAGUGAGAAUAUAUAAUUUACGAUAUCAUACGCGAAAUAAAGAUAGUCGAUAAUAUUCGAUAUUUUUUAGACUUAUUGGCGAUCAGCUGUUUUGAAAACGAACAAACAAGUAUUAUAUUAAAAAGAAAACUUAAUCUAGUUUUGUAUUAAUAGAUAUUCAAUAUUUUAUAAAUAAAAUGACAACGGCCGCAAGACCUACGUUCGAACCUGCUAGAGGAGGACAAGGACGCGGUGAAAAAGAUUUAAGUGCAAUAUCAAAACAAUAUAGCAGCAGAGAUUUACCAUCACAUACGAAAUUAAAAUACCGAGAACAUGGACAAGGAACAAUAGAGGAAUUGCGAAAUCGAGAUUUUCGUAAAGAAUUAGAAGAACGUGAACGUGAAAGAGAAAAGGAGAAAAGUUCUAACCGUCGUAUGAUAGAACCACCUCGAGAAACUUCUACAACGAGUGCUAAAAGACAGAAAAUUGAUCAAGUACCUACAGCAAGUUUAGAUGCAGAUGAUCCUCUUGAUGAUGAUGAUUCAGAGUCAGAAAGCGAUGAAGAUGAUACUGCUGCAUUAUUAGCAGAAUUACAACGUAUUAAAAAAGAAAGGGCUGCGGAACAAGCUAAAAAGGAAAUGGAGAAACGACAGGAAGAGGAAAGAAUAAGAAUGGAAAAUAUUCUUUCUGGAAAUCCUUUACUAAGUUAUUCUUCUCAGAGUGGAAGAACAGAUAUGAAAGUCAGACGACGAUGGGACGAUGACGUUGUAUUCAAAAAUUGUGCUCGUUCCGAACCAAAAAAGAAACAUGAUGUAUUCAUAAACGAUUCAUUAAGAAGUGAAUUUCAUCGUAAAUUUAUGGAAAAAUAUGUUAAGUGAAUGAACUAUAUAAAAAGUAUAUUAUUUGUUUGUAUAUAGUUUUAAGUUAAUAUUAUCGUAUGUUAAUAUGUAAGUAUCUUAUGUUAUGCUUACAAAUAGUGUAAGAAAUUAUUCUUAAAAAUUUAAAAAUGGAUUACGCUAACUUCA